GUCAGGAGCCGCGGCCGGAGCUGUCCAUCAGCACCAAAGGCCGCGGGCGGUCUCAGGGCAUGGGGCCGCGGCUCCGGGGCGGCCCGAGCCCCUGCUCCUGCUCUUCUCCCUUCUCCAGGCCCGGGCCCGGUCCCCGGACGCCGCGGGCCUGGAGUGCCAGGCGCUGCUGGAGGUGGAGCGGUGACGGCGCCGCGCAAAGACCGUUCUCUGCGGCCCAGCAGACCCCUUCCCCGCAGCACGACGGACUUUGCCGGGACUCCAGUCACUUGGAGCCCCUGGCUCCCUGCCACCCCAGCCCCUCCGGCGCCGGCUCAGCCUCCUGGGCUCCGAAGCUCAGAUCGCCGCCAGCGCAGGUGGACCUGGGAGGCUGACCUCCUCGCAUUCCCGGCGCUAUGCCGGGCACAGUGGCAACACUGCGGUUCCAGCUGCUGCCCCCUGAGCCGGAUGAUGCUUUCUGGGGUGCACCUUGUGAACAGCCCCUGGAGCGCAGGUACCAGGCGCUACCAGCCCUCGUGUGCAUCAUGAGCUGCUUGUUCGGAGUUGUCUACUGCUUCUUCGGUUACCGCUGCUUCAAGGCGGUGCUCUUCCUCACGGGGCUGCUGUUCGGCUCGGUCAUCAUCUUCCUGCUGUGCUACCGAGAGCGUGUGCUGGAGACGCAGCUGAGUGCUGGGGCGAGCGCAGGCAUCGCUCUGGGCAUCGGGCUGCUGUGCGGGCUGGUGGCCAUGCUGGUGCGCAGCGUGGGCCUCUUCUUGGUGGGUCUGCUGCUGGGCCUGCUGCUCGCCGCUGCCGCCCUGCUGGGCUCUGCGCACUACUACCAGCCGGGCUCCGUGUGGGGGCCCCUGGGGCUGCUGCUGGGAGGCGGCCUGCUCUGCGCCCUGCUCACACUGCGCUGGCCUCGGCCACUCACCACCCUGGCCACUGCCGUGACCGGGGCGGCACUCAUCGCCACUGCCGCUGACUACUUUGCCGAGCUGCUGCUGUUGGGGCGCUACGUGGUGGAGCGGCUGCGGGCCGCCCCUGUACCCCCACUCUGCUGGCGCAGCUGGGCCCUGCUAGCCCUGUGGCCCUUGCUCAGCUUCAUGGGUGUGGUGGUGCAGUGGCGGGUAACGGCUGAGAGGGACUCGCACACUGAAGUGGUCAUCAGCCGGCAGCGACGACGUGUGCAGCUCAUGAGGAUUCGGCAGCAAGAGGAACGCAAGGAGAAGAGGCGGAAGAAGCGACCUCCGCGGGCUCUGCCCAGAGGCACCCGUGCCCCUGCGAGGCCUGGUCCACCAGAUCCUGCCUACCGGCGCAGGCCAGUGCCCAUCAAGCGCUUCAACGGAGAUGUCCUCUCACCAAGCUACAUCCAGAGCUUCCGGGACCGGCAGACUGGCAGCUCCCUGAGCUCUUUCCUGGCCUCGCCCACAGACACGGACAAUGAGUACGGCUCCCGGGGGCCGCUGACAGCCUGCUCAGGGCCUCCAGUGCGGGUAUAGCCACAGCCUGCCCGUCAAGACUCUACAGUCACCAGCUCAGCCGGCCUGGGCGAGCCCUGAGGCCAGCACCCAACCUGCCUGGCCCUGCAGGCUCUCGGGAGAGGGCCGCCCACCCGGCCUGUAGAAGAAGGCUCUAUUGGGGGCUUCAGGCAUGACAGAAGGCCUCUCCCAGGCUCCUAGAGGGGCUCCUGGGGACCCCCGGGUGUGAGUCCCGCAGGGGGUGUGCUCAGGGUUGUGUGUGUUGCCUGUGUGUGCGUGUGUGGGU